CGCCCACCCAACCACCACCAUGUCUACCUCUACCUCCCCAAUCCACAUGUCGCCGGACUUCACCAUCCCCACCCCCCGCCUCCACAUCUCCUACUUCAUACCCACCAACCCCGCCCACCCCGCCUUCCUCGCCCACCUCUGGAACACCCCCGAAUACCUCGCCACCAACGGCAAAACCUCAAUUACGGACUCCGACUCCGCACGGAAAUUCCUCGAAAACCGUAUCAUUCCGCUUUACACCCGACGGAUCGGCAUGAUGCUCGUGCACCUAAAGCCCCACCCCGACGCCUCACUAGACGAAAGCACCCCCAUCGGCACGGUCAGCCUCAUGCAAGGCGAGCCACCAAACGGCUACGGCGCACCAGAUAUCGGCUUCUGCAUAUUGCCCGAGCACCAAAAACAGGGCUAUGCGACGGAGGCCGCGAAAGGGUUCAUCGAGCACGCGCAACGCGAGUCGGGCGUGCCUGGGGUGUUUGGGUUUUGUUCCCCGCACAAUGUGCCGAGUCGGAAGACUUUGGAGAAGAUCGGGUUGGAGUUUAGGGGGGUCAGGAAGUUGAGGGUGUUUGGGAAUGAGGAGAGUUUGGUUUUUACGUUGCCGGGGAUGGAGGAGGAUUUGGGGGUUUAUGGGGUUGAUCCGUGAGGAUGGUGUGGG